CAAACCCCGCCCAAGCCCUGGAGGGAUGGAGUUGGCACUAAGGACCUCUGGUCAACCACAGGACGGCUGGCCAAGCCCUUCAAAGAGAGCUGGAGCAAAGCGGCCCUCGGCAGCCGCGCGUUGCACCUCCACCCGCCGCGAGUUCAGUAGGAAUUAGGGUCGGGGUGGGAAGCAGACGCAGAACCAGGAAGAAGCACCGGCGGUGGAGGAACAGUCCAGGGAGCUUAAACCCAGGAGGAGGGGAGCAGAGUCUUGGGCGCAGUGGAUUUCGCCCCCCGCGUGCAGCGCACAGCCCCCGGGCCGCCAAGCCCGGAGCGGGGCGUCCUCUCGGAGGGGGCGCAGUGACCCCUGCUCUCCUACCCUUCGCCCAGCGCCACCUGCGCCCGGAGCAGAGUAAAAGGAAAGAUCUUCGGUCAAGGACAGAGAUCUGCGGCCAUGGCCGAGGCAGCAGAGCCGGAGGGGGGCGCCGCGGGUCCGCAGGGGCUGUCCGAGGGCCCGGCGCUUCUGGCGGAGAGACCCAGCGAGCUGGGGGACGCGGGGGGACAGGCGAAAGGGGAGGAGGCGAGCGAGGGCGCCGCGGAAGCGCGGAGGAGUGAGGGGGCAGGAGUAGCCGCGACGGCCGCGGUGAAAGAGGGAGAAGGCACCGGGCAGGACCGAGGGCGCGCGGGCGAGCUGGCGCCAGGCGCCGGCAGUGAACCUGGGGCCGAGACGCCCGGCGCGAGCGGAGCGCAGGGGGAGCUGGAGGAGGGGGAGGGCGCCGAGGCCCCCCAGGGAGGGGAGGUGGCAAGCAGAGCAGAGCAGGUGGAAGAGGAGAGCUCCGGGCGCAGCUCGCAGGGCGAGGCCCCGGGGGAGACUCAGGGGGAGGUAGGGGACCCCGCGGACCCCAAGGCGGAGAAGGAGGCGGAGAGCGGGUGGGAGGAACCGGGAAGCAGCGCGCCCGGGGCGCCGGGGGCCAGCAUGGAAGCGGAGGAGUCGGCGGGAGGGGCGCCCAGGACCCAUGGAGAGCACAGGGACAGAGGAGACCACAGCCCUCUGUCCCAGGUGGAGGUGAUUGAGGCCGCAGCGGAAGAAAACACAGGGUGCAGCCCCGGCGAGCUUUCGGGGGAGCCUCAGGGUGCAGCGUUGGGCGCCCCGGAGGAGGGAGGGAGCCCCGUGGGAGAAGAGUCAGAGGAAGUGGUCCCUGGGGACGCGACGGCAGACACUGGCGAGGACGGGGACCAGGGGGGACCCCAGGACGAGAUGGAGGAGGCAGAGGAGGAGAGGCGAGAGUGCGGCCCGGAGGGGCCAGGCGAGGAGAUCGCAGCUGAGGGUGGGGAGGGGCGCCCCGAUGGCAGCGCGGAUGCUGAGGCGAUCGCACAGACUGGGGCCGCGGAGCCGGAGGCCGAGCUCAGCAACCACCUGGCGGAGGAGGGCAGCACGGAGGGCGCAGACGAAACGGCGCGGGUGAAUGGCCGUGGGGAGGACGGCGAGGCGUCCGAGGAGGGGAUUCCGGGGCAGGAGCACGACAUCACCCUCUUCGUGAAGGCUGGUUGUGAUGGGGAGAGCAUUGGAAAUUGCCCCUUUUCUCAGCGUCUCUUUAUGAUUCUUUGGCUAAAGGGCGUUAUAUUUAAUGUCACAACAGUGGACCUGAAAAGGAAACCCGCGGACCUGCAGAACCUGGCUCCCGGAACGAACCCUCCUUUUAUGACUUUUGAUGGUGAAGUCAAGACGGACGUGAAUAAGAUGGAGGAAUUCUUAGAGGAGAAAUUAGCUCCCCCGAGGUACCCUAAGCUGGGGACCCAACACCCUGAAUCUAACUUUGCAGGAAAUGAUGUGUUUGCCAAAUUCUCAGCAUUUAUAAAAAACACCAAGAAGGAUGCGAACGAGAUUUAUGAAAAGAACUUGCUAAAGGCCCUGAAGAAGCUGGAUAAUUACUUAAAUAGCCCUCUGCCUGAUGAAAUUGAUGCCUACAGUGCAGAGGAAGUUGCUGUUUCUGGAAGGAAGUUCCUGGAUGGAGACGAGCUCACCCUCGCCGACUGUAACCUCUUACCCAAGCUCCAUAUUAUUAAGAUUGUGGCCAAAAGAUACAGAGAUUUUGACUUUCCUGCUGAAAUGAGUGGCCUCUGGAGAUACUUGAACAAUGCAUAUGCCAGGGACGAGUUCACCAAUACGUGUCCAGCUGACCAGGAGAUUGAACACGCGUAUUCAGACGUUGCAAAAAGGAUGAAGUGAAGCCAGGUGUUUCUGCCUUAUUUCCAGUGUAUGAGCGAGGCUAUGAGAAGAGUGUGUUCUUUGUAUGUCCCCACAGUAACCGUCCUUCGCAAAACAAUGCCAACAGUUUAAUAAUCCUGAUCCACUCAACACUAAAUGAUACGAGGCCUUGUAAAGGGUCCACUCACUUGUGCAUCUGAACAAUGCCAGUGUCUGUCGCCAGGCAGCCAGUUGUUCAGUUUAUGGUAAUUUAUGUCUUUGACCUUCACUGACAUUGUAACUCACAUUUAGGGCACGUGUUCCGCAGUUUAAGUUUCAGAGCAACUUGGGUUUGGGUUCAAGUUCUCCUUCAACUUUUAACAAAUUUGUCUGCCUCUGAGAGUUUUUAUAAUCGUGUUUAGCCUGUUUUUCUCCUCUAAAAUAGCAUUUUAAUUUUUUUCAGAAUGCAAAUACCGUUGUUGUAAUUACAAAAUGAUACAUGCCUAUUUUGAUAUUUUAAAACACUGUCGGAGAGGAUAAAGAUGGAAGGGAAAAAAAAUGACUUGAAAUUUCACUAUACUUAGAGAACUGAUGAGUUAUUGGUGAACAUUUUCCCAAUCUUCAGUCUCUUCUUCUCUCUCACACACAACUUCAUUCCUAUGUGGUAUUGCGUUACUUUAUUUUAAAGGACUGGUGAGGGGACCUCUUGGUAAUGCCUUGAUGAUUAUCCGUUGAGGACCUGGAACAAACAGAUUUGGCACUAUAGAGCUGGAGAGGUUGCUUGUGAUCAGGUUUCACAAGGGGGGAGGAUUGUAGGGUCCACAGAUGGGCCGAGACCAGCAGGGACCAGCAGGAGGCCGGAGGUGGUCCCCACUCUGUCUUGUUACCACCUUGCUGAUGCCUUUGGUGCCAGGGUCGCAACGGAGGAAAGUGCCUAUCUGUGUCUUUCAUUCCAGCCUCCUGUCUGGUGUCUUCUCUUGUUCCCUCCCCUUUCACAGAGACCCUGCCUUAGGGAAGACUCUGAAUGUCAGCUGCAAGUUGGAGAAUCUCUCUGCCCUGUGCUGAAAGGUCAAUCAAGCACACCUUGUUUCCUUCUAAUGGCCACUCUCUCUAAGCCCCCAAUACUGCGUGUCUUCAUCAAUGCGGUGACAUACUGUGUGGUUAGCUUGGUUCUUGCUGCUUCUCUGCCUUUUAUCAUGUCAUUUUAAGGUCAGGCAGGGAAAAUCCAGAGAGAUUAAAUUCAUGGUGACACUCCUGGGCAGUUCUGGUAAACGGUCAAGUUGGGGGAGGAAGUGGAAACGAUUGACUCAAAAGAGUUUUCUGGUAUCGCUGUGGCUUCGCCUCCACCAUCCGUGUAGCCAGCUCAUCGACAGCUGUGUGUGUGGGCUGGGUUGCUGGGCUCCAAUUCAAGGCAUGGAAGACACAACGGGAGGCUGUUUCGAUACUCAUCAAGACCUCACAGGGUUUAAGCUUUACCUACCUGACUGUGUUUCUUUGACCUUUACACACAUCUUCUAGAAAACCCUCUUGUUGAAUUGGUUGUAGCGUGCAGUUGAUGCUAAAAUGUUCAUUAAAGAAAGUAUACAGCUGCUCUGUGAGCGAUUCCUUUGGAAGAGAGUAAAAUGCAUUAAAGUAACUGUUCUGGAAUUUAGUGAAAAAUGACUAGGAAGAGAAACAAAGUGCUAGUGUGUAGCAUGUGUCACCAUUAUACAUGUUUCAUAUCUGUUUAGGAAUCAGAUUUUUAAGACUAGUUUUAUAAUGUUACGUUUAAAUUUGGUAACUAAAUUGACUAUCAUUUCUUACUAGUGCUAACUUUGUACUUUUAGGUGUGAAAAUGAUCUACACAAACUCU